ACGAAGGUUCUGUUUUCUUCUGUUUGGUUUAACAAUGGCAAAACCAUUUCAUAUUUCAAGUAGUGAUUUUUGGAUUAUUUUGUGCCACAGUUUCACUGAGAACUCAUAGAGCUAUCUACAAUGGCUUCCUUAUUAACUAUUCCAAAACCAAUAUCCGACGCCUCUUUUUUAUUACCAAAAUUAAGGGAUUCCGUUAUUUUUCUGAAGAAAAUCUCAAUUUCAAGACCAAAGAUCAGACCUUUGACCCGAUCAAAUAUUAUCAAGAAUUCAAAUCAAACCCAGUUUUCCUCUGAAGGACAAUGUAGUCCAACGUUUGAUGUCCCACUUCUUUCUUCCUCAGAGGUUAUUCAGAGAAUGAGAACAAGUCGAGAAGGUCACGAAACCAAGCAGCUUUAUUUGGCAAUGUACUCCAGCGUUUUCGGUGGAAUCACAACUGAUACAGAUGCCAUGGUGAUCCCCAUGGAUGAUCACAUGGUUCAUAGAGGACAUGGAGUUUUUGAUACCGCUGCCAUUAUGGAUGGAUGCCUUUAUGAGUUGGACGAACACCUCGAUCGUUUCCUGAGAUCUGCAACCAUGGCCAAAAUACAAAUUCCUUUUGAUAGGGAAAUCAUUAGAAGAAUUCUCAUUCGUACAGUAAGUGUUUCCAAGUGCAGAAAAGGUUCUCUAAGAUACUGGCUUUCGGCAGGACCCGGUGAUUUCCAACUAUCUCCAUCGGGCUGUCCUCGAGCAGCUCUUUACGCCAUUGUAAUACAAGAUCAAUCACCUCCCGAUCACAGGGGCAUCAGAGUUGUAACUUCAUCCAUCCCAAUAAAACCCCCACAGUUUGCCGUCAUGAAAAGCGUAAAUUAUCUGCCGAAUGCACUUUCCAAGAUGGAAGCAGAAGAAAAUGAUGCAUAUGCAGCAAUUUGGUUGGAUGGCGAUGGAUUUGUCGCUGAAGGACCUAAUAUGAAUGUGGCUUUUGUUACAAAGGAAAAGGAACUUCUGAUGCCUAGUUUUGACAAGAUUCUCAGUGGCUGUACGGCUAAAAGAGUUCUGGUUCUUGCAGCAAAGCUAGUAAAAGAAGGUAAGCUUCGGGGCAUUAGAAUAGAUAACGUGUCGGUAGAGGAUGGGAAAAGAGCAGAUGAGAUGAUGCUAAUUGGCAGUGGAGUUCUUGUCCGCUCGGUGGUGCAGUGGGAUGAAGAAAUCAUAGGUGAUGGUGGAGAAGGUCCUGUGACACAAGCUUUGUUAAAUCUUCUUUUGGAGGAUAUGAAGUCAGGGCCUGCAUCAGUGCGAGUUCGCGUUCCCUAUUAAAAUUGAUUACAUAUCUUCCCUUGUAAUAUGGUGGUUGGAAAUUCAAGAUUCAACAAUCUCAACUCUUGAUUAGGAACUGCUGCUAUAGAAAUGUUUCUCAGAUAAGCUUUGCUAAAAUAAGCUUGCUUUCUUAUUGUCUUCAUAAUAGUUGUACUAUGGCCAAAGAAUAUUCAGCUUUAAGUUCUUUCCUCAACUGUAUUUCUCACA